UCUAAAGUGAAAAUUACGUCCAUGUGUAGAACCCUAGGACUAUACAAAUACAGGCCGGUCCAAUAUCUCCGGUUGGAUAUUAACAUCCUGUUGGAUCUAGAUUUAGCGGAAUGCUGUUAAAUAAAAAGCCAGAGAUCAGUGGGGGUCACCAGAGGAAGAUCUGUCCUGAAUGAGUGAAACUGAGGAGCAUCUACACUGGGAGGGGUGGUGACCAGGUGGGAAGCAGCCGGGUCGGUGAGCAGAUCAGUGGAAAUAAAACACAUUAAAGAGGAAAGUAAAAUUAGAAAUGACUCAAAAUGACUUCACCUGACAAAACUAGAUAAAAAUGUCUUCUCUGUGUUUUCCUCUGAGUCAAACCACUCCAUCAUUACUGAUGUCUGUGUGCUAAAUCAUCCUGACUUCUGCAGCCUUUCUCCAGAACUUUUACUUUGAGAACGUUGAUCUCAUGCAAAGACGGAACCAGUCACUCAUCAGAUUAAUCUGCUUUAAUCUGGCUGCAGACACAAUCUCGCUGUCCAACAGUAGAAAAACGCGUUUGCUUCCGUUGUUGUUCGGCUCCCUUGUUGCAUUCUCGCCCCGGAGAUAACUGAGAUGACCUUACUUUGUUAAACGGGUCGAUGAUAUAAAAUACACUUCCUGUACUCGCCUCUGCAGCGUCGCUGCUAGUUAUCGAACCAGAUGUUGCACGGGAUUGAAGAGGGAAUGAAACGAGGUGACACUCAUGAUUUCCAGAUGUUGUUUUAGCACACGCUGCAGUGGCAUUCAGGUGGAUCAGCGCAGCGGCUCGGAGGGAAAACGGAUCUUUGGAAUUCCAGAAGAGGAGCUGGAGCAACUUCAGCUUCUGUUCGAUAAGUCGCGACUCACUCACGAGGGUUGAGUCAGUCACAGCUAACGCGUCGGCUGAAAAACGGCUACUUCGACGUAAUUGGAGCAUCGUGAUUCCACUUUGUUCAUUAACGGCGGUUUGGCUGGAGGGAAACCGCGUCGUCAGGGUGGAUCUAAAGGGCUGAGUGAUGUUUCAGGGGUUGCCACCAAGCCACCUUUGCUGCUUCUAGAACAGGGAGGUCCAAACUUUUCAAGACGAGGGCCAAACUCACGAAGUUAAAACUCCUCACGGGCCACAAAAAUCACAUUUUUUAAGGCCACUGAAAAGAAAAGAAAUAAUGCUGAGAAAAAAAAGUCAGAAUUCUCUUUUUCUUUUUAGUGGCCCUCUUCUGUACGAAAAGGCCUAAAAUAGAUAUUAGUAAAAAUUACAACAUAAAAUAUAACAUAUAUGAAUUUAUAUCAACAGUCUCCCAGAGAGACUUAACACCACAAUUCUAAAAAUGCUAGUGAGGGCCACACUAAACCACUCCGAGGGCCGCAAAUGGCCCCCGGGCCGCACUUUGGACACACCUGUUCUAGAAUAUCGAUAAUCAGACUCCGCCCACCCUGCAGGAGAACGCAUGACUUAGUGUCAUCACUUCCAGUCAGCUCAAAGCGGGGGGAUGGGGGGGUCAUGUAAAAUGCCGAAGCCGUGACCUUUGGACCGGUUAGAACCACCACGUCAUGACGACCGCCGGGUCUCGUUGGAGAUGAUGCCAUAUGCCGUAAUGACGUGUGUGUUCAGUUUUUGCACACCCAGACUGGCUUGUUUCAUCACUUCCCCAACCGCCCACGCGCCGGAAGCGUCUCACUAGCAGCUCCCUGGCCCUUUCUCUCUCGUCUGACCUCUGCUGAACGGAGGAAUGUGAGGAAUGCAGCUUUGAAUGAGGGAGAGUGUGAGACAGCAGCAUCCGUGUGUGGCAUCCCGCGUUUGGGAAGCCCACUGAAACAGUUUUCGUGACGUCACUCUCAACAAAGGAGGAAUUAAGGGGGACAAAAGAGACAAACGGUCAAAAGAACAAAAACGAUCCACUGAAGCUUGUACACAAGCACAUGAAAGGAGACGAUCCGGCAGGAAGACUUGACCCAGAAGGAUAUUUUUAGGGAUCCAAACGCCCCGUGACCUCUUUUGUGACACCGGUUGAAAUAAUCACAUUAAGCUGGAAUUCAGCCGGGCAUCCAGAACACAGCCCGGUGUUCCUGCAGACGGCAAACGGAGCGCGUCAUCGAAGUCUGGAAGUUUUUUUUUUACAUUUUGGGAAUGUGAGGUUUCUGUCUGAGACCCCACCGUGACUCUGAUCUCACUCUAACGGGGUUUAUGACUUCAUGUAUGCGUUUAACAUGUGGCGGGGGGCCUUUUUCCUGUGAGAGAACGUUCUCCAACAGAACACGGAACGUUUUCCCACGGGGAUGGAAGAAUGAAUGUGGUUGUGAAAAGCAGGCGAUUCGACAGCAUGACUAAUGUCAUCAACUCUGCGCCAGAGUCAUAAAGAACUAGCAGCAGAUGCUAGGAGAGGAGCCGGGUCCCAUUGAAGCGAUAAUGGCCCUUUGGGUGGAAACGAGAUAAUUCAUCAUCCAUGCCAGAGCUGAGGCGGGAAGCUUUCCAAAGCUUUCAGAGGAAUUUCUGGGAGGGGGGGAAAGUGAACGGGAGAUGCCAUGGCUCUAUUCUCUCAGUUGGUCAGCAUACCGCCACUGCCUCAGCAGCGAGUGACGUCACAGGUCAGCGCCAAAAGGCGUCGGCAGACUUUAGCUUAUCCAUCGGACCGGGGAGCGUAAAAACAGCCAUUAGUGACCAGAAGAAGUGUCGUCGUCUACGCCGCUCUGUGAAACCACAACGCACCGUGAGUUAUGGCGGUGUGUGUGUGUGUGUAUGGGGUGGGGGGUGUUCUACCAUAUUUUGUGGCAUUUGGAGUUUUGAAACGGCAAUUUUAAAGCAGCAUCAGCGCUACUUAUCUUCUCUUUCUUUCCAUUCUGCUUCUCAAGCAUCUCUUCCAGGUCUACAAACACCAGUUGUUUGGCGGCAUCUGCCGGAGUCACAACCAAUCAGCAUGAGGUCGAGUCUAGUCAAGAUGGACUUCAUCUUUGAUAGCCGGCGAAGCCGGAAAAAGCAGGAUCUAACCACCUGGCUAAUGUGGGAGUCCAUCCGCAGCUCUGGGUCCAAAACCACCCCCAGGAAGCCGUGGUGAGCAUGCCUUCAGCUGAGAAGUCAGAAUCAUCAGGACCUUGGCUUUAUUUAACCUUUUCAUGUUAUUUUGAUUUGCUUCGUUAUUUCCAUACCUGGAUUUUCAGUUUUCACUUCAUUUGUGCAUCGUUUAUUUUGUGCAUCGUUUAUUUUGUGCAUCGUUUAUUUUGUGCAUCGUUUAUUUUGUGCAUUAUUUUGUACAUCGUUUAUUUUGUGCAUUGUUUAUUUUGUGCAUUAUUUUGUGCAUUGUUUUUUUGUGCAUCAUUUAUUUUGUGCAUCGUUUAUUUUGUGCAUUAUUUUGUGCAUCAUUUAUUUUGUGCAUUGUUUAUUUUGUGCAUUAUUUUUUUUGUGCA